AUGACGGUAAAGACAGCGGUAGCGAUGAGGCGAACAAGCAAGCAGAUGUCAGCUCAGAGAACUAGCCCCAAACAAUCCGGCAUGACAUGCUUAGGAAGCCACGCUAUACCUCCACCGGCCCAGUCCACUUCUGGUUCUAAGGAUGGAAAUGUUACCGCGGGGCAUGGCUUCCAGAAUGCAUUGAGGACUGAAAAGGAACCUGGGAUACUAUCUCUUUCUGCUGUGCUCAAUGCCAUUGAUGGCAUUGUUGCUCCGGAAGGGCGUAUCCUGGUGAUGACCACCAACCAUCCUAAGGAUCUAAUAGAGCGCUCAUUCGCCCAGGCCGGGCAGACAGGCGCAUUUCCUUCGGCUAUGCAGAUAAAGGCAUUGUUCAAGAGCUUUUCCACUCUAUCUACGGAAUUUCCAAUGAUAACUCCAGCCAGGCCCUUUCCAGCGAGUUUGUAA